CUUCAGAAAAACAACAACUUACAAAAAAUCAUUCUCGAAAUCGAUAUUUUUGCAACAAAAUUCCAAAUUAAUCGCAUCUUAUUGGACUUUUAUCACAUUCUAAUUGGAUUUUCGAGCAUCCCGGAUGUUUUUCCCGUAAAAUCCGUUCAUGUAAGUUAAUGAUUUUCCGGCGAAAUUUUCACCAUCAAAAAAAUUUUUUUUAGUAAAAUGAUGCGAAAUUAUCCCGACAACAGUAAAAUUAACAUCACACAUCUCCUGCAAGAACGGCAACAGCGCGAUGUGCAACGAAUUGUCAAAAAUCGCUUGCAAACCACACGUCCCUUCCUGCAACGAAUGGAACUCGAAGCAGAGUUAAAAGGUCACGAAGGUUGCGUAAAUUGCUUGGAAUGGUCCGCGGAUGGGCGAGUUUUGGCCUCGGGCAGCGACGAUUGUCACGUAAUUCUGUGGGAUGCGUUUCGACAUCGGAAAAUAAAAGAUUUGGCAACACCGCAUCGCGGCAAUAUUUUUUCCGUGAAAUUUUUGCCGCAAACGGAAAAUUCGACGUUAGUGACGGGAGCGGGCGAUGCACGGAUUUACGGGUACGAUUUGAAUCAUCACGAGCCGAUUUUUCGUUGCAAUUGCCAUCAAGUGCGGGUAAAACGAUUGGCAGUUGCUGCGGAGACGCCGCAUCUUUUUUGGUCGGCUUGCGAAGAUGGGCGCGUUUUUCAGUUCGAUUUACGGGAAUCGCACAAGUGUCAGAGCAACAACGAGGAAAUUGUGCUAAUUGACUUGACGAACCACGUGGGACGGUAUGCCGAAGUGAAAUGCAUCGCAACGAAUCCGAGACGGCCCGAAUUGCUUGCAAUUGGCGCAAAUGACCCUUACGCGAGAUUAUACGAUCGACGAAUGAUCAAACCGGAUGUCAUGAAGGUGCCCUUGAGUUUUACGGCGGAAUCGGAAUUUUACGAGGAUCGAAUACCGCGAAAUGGAUGCGUCACGUAUUUCGCGCCGGGUCAUCUUCAGAAGCAACGAGAUAUCCCGCAAGGCGCUGCAACUUAUAUCACCUUCAGUCCCAACGGAAGAGAACUUCUUGUCAAUAUCGGCGCCGAACAAAUUUACUUGUACGACAUUUUAAGCAAAAAACAACCAGAAUUACUCGAUUUACCGCCGUUAGCGGCUUGUGAAGCAGCGAAAAAUACCAAAACCCCCGCCGUUUCAACCGUAACGGAACAAAUGAAGCAACGCGGCAACGAGUUACUCGACAAAGAACUUUUCACGGAAGCCAUUAACCAAUAUAGCUUAGCGAUGGAACACUCCCCGAACUACCCGGCUUUAUAUUUGAACCGAGCAACAGCACUGAUGCGGCGAAAAUGGCGCGGAGAUUUGUACGCGGGGCUUUUAGAUUGCACAAAAGCUUUGAAGUUGGAUCCGGCUUACGUUAAAGCGCAAUUUAGGAUGGCACGAGCUUUGUUAGAUAUGGAUUUUCCGAAGGAAGCGGAAAAGUGUCUCGAUGAAAUUAGGAAGAGGUUUCCGGAUUUCAAGAAUAAUCACGGGGUGCUGAUGCUGAAUAGAGAUAUCGAGACUGCUUUGGAGAAAAAAGAGACUAAUGGCAAUGGGAUGAAUGGCGUGGAGCCGACAAAGUUGUCCGAUAAUGAAAUGCAUUGGCGAUCAUCAGCUCGUGACUACAAAGAACGCUUCGUGGGACAUUGCAAUAUUAAAACUGACAUCAAAGAAGCCAACUUUUUCGGAGCUGAUGGUCGAUACAUCGUUGCUGGUUCCGACGACGGCAAUCUCUUCAUUUGGGAACGCCCAAGCGGCAUAAUUUGCGAAAUUCUUACCGCUGACAAGUCAAUUUUGAAUUGUGUGCAACCGCAUCCGUAUCAGUGUCUUCUGGCGUCGUCGGGAAUCGAUCAUGAAAUUCGUCUGUGGUCUCCGCAGCCCAUCGAGGGCGUCGAAUAUCAGCAUAAGGCAACGGAAACUGUCGAUAUUAAGGAGAACCAAACUCGAAUGGCGACAGAUUCGUUUGAAUUUGAUAAUUUUUCGGGCGCCGUGUGUCGCACGAGCUAGCUAGCUUAGCGCGAAGUUGUUUAUUUAUUGUGAAUUAUUUAUUUGUAGCUAUUUUUUUAGUGAACUUGAACACUUACUUAGUCAACAGCAAAUUAAUUUAAAAUUAAUAAAUAUAUAUAUUUGCACACCUUCUUAAAAACA